AUGGAGGGUCCUUAGCCUUCUCUCUCUCUCUCUGAAAUUUUCACUGCAAAUCAAAACGCUUACUUCGUCGUCGUCGUCGUCAUCGUCAUCGUCUUCGCUCUCUUUAUCUCUCGUAAUCAAAACUGAUUCAGUGGUUUCUUCAGGUUUGGGAAAAGACAAAAGAGAGUUUUGAUUUGGAAUGGUUAUGUCUCCUCCACUGCUUGGUGUUGGGGAGGAAGAAGGCCAGAGCAAUGUGACUUUUUUGGCUUCUUCGGCUUCCUUGGACAGUAUAUGUCGUAACAGCCCAGAACUGAAAGAGCGGAACUACAUGGGGUUGUCUGAUUGUUCUUCUGUGGACAGCUCGACAAUCUCCACCACAUCAGGAGACAAUAACAGCUGUCUGAAUUUGGAGGCCACCGAACUGAGGCUUGGGCUUCCUGGAUCCCAGUCUCCUGAGAGGGAUUCGGAGCUUUCCUUGCUAGGCUUGGCAAAACUUGAUGAGAAGUCACUCUUUCCUUUACAUCCUUCAAAGGAAGGUAAUUACUUCUUGUCGCAAAAGGCAGUUGUCUCAGGCAACAAAAGGGGCUUCUCAGAUGUUAUGGAUGGAUUCUCAGAGCGUUCAUUUCUUGUCAGUUCGGAAGUAAAUGUGAUGCUCUCACCCAGGGCUUCUCUAAACUCUAGUGUGAAAUCAGGUUCCGUGAAAGAAAACCCUGGAACUCAACCAGGUAAACUGAAAGAGAUGAUUCCCCAAAACACAGCUCAGGAGAGAUCUCGCCCUGCGAAUGAGACCAGUACAAACUGUGUCGGAGCUGAAAAUAACAACAGCAGUGCACCUGCUACAAAGUCACAGGUUGUGGGUUGGCCACCCAUUAGAUCGUUUAGGAAGAAUAAACUGACUUCUAGUCCAAAGAACACCGAGGAAGUUGAUGGAAAAGCAGGACCUGGCGCAUUGUUUAUCAAGGUCAGCAUGGAUGGUGCUCCUUAUCUAAGAAAAGUGGACUUGAGAGCUUACUCCGCAUAUCAGGAGCUCUCUUCUUCCCUUGAGAAGAUGUUUAGCUGCUUUACCAUAGGUCAGUAUGGGUCUCAUGGAGCUCCAGGCAGGGAGAUGCUGAGUGAGAGCAAGCUGAAGGAUUUGCUCCAUGGAUCUGAGUAUGUCCUUACUUAUGAGGAUAAAGAUGGUGACUGGAUGCUUGUUGGUGAUGUUCCUUGGGAGAUGUUUAUUGGUACAUGCAAGAGACUGCGGAUCAUGAAGGGUUCUGAUGCCAUCGGCCUAGCUCCAAGGGCUGUGGAGAAAUCUCGAAACAGGAAUUAGCUUAUAUUUGUUUACACAUGAUUGUUGCCAUCCAUCCAGCACAAGAGGGAGAAGGGUUGCAAAGCAUGUUACCCAGGUGGUUGUUGAAGGUUGAGUUUUGAUCAGUAGAUGUUGGCACUGGACGGCCAAUCAUGGGUAGACGCAUUAGUGAUCGUUAGUGUGUUUUUCUUUUUGUAAUUCAUGCUUUCAUGUCAUGUCUAAUCUGAAAAUGAUAAAACCCUUUCUCGGGGAGUAUAUAACUGCAAUGUGGUGAAUUCCUGCUUAUACAGGAAUAUUUUAGUAUGUAAAUUGUUUUGCUUGUUGAAAAAUUUUCUUGCAUGUGUACUCAAAACCAAGUUGGCUGUUAGCUUGAUUUUUCGUUAGCUGUUCUCAGUAUUCCUGCUGUGCAGGUUUGGAGGCAGCUACCUUCAUGCCACUUUGAUGGGGUCUAAGAUGUUCAAAAGCAUCCAGUUAACCUUUGACUAUCUCGGCCAUUUGCAUCCUUGGCGUUCUCUAAUAUGGGUGUCUUCUGGAUUGUGUUGAGUCACACUUAAAGAGUCGUAUCAUUUUGGAUUUGUGUUAUAUUUAGGGCGUGAUAUUUCUGGCUUGUGUCGAGUUCCGGGAAUCAAAAACCAUAGGACUAGGGUUUGAAUCAAGAAAGAGGAUGAUCUGAGAAUCAUCGCUACUGUUUUCAAAUGAUGUGUUAUUUGCUGUGGGGCUUGAAACAUUCUUAUUUAUGAG